GCUCAGACUUUCCAAAUAAAACCGAUCCAGCUGUGUGCAGUGGUGCGUCAUUCGUCUUGAGCGCUCCGUGGACUCACAAGAAGGAACAGAGGCAGAAAUGUCCGGCCAUGCAUUAUUCUCACUUUCUUUCCGUUUGUGUUUGUUGUGGGCGUCUGUCGGAGUUGUGCCGAGCCGGGCAAUGAUCAUUCUCGGCGUCCAGGAGCAAGGCUUUGUCAGCUUGAACGACAUGUUCCGUGAAGUGGGGGAGUUAAUGGAAGAUACCCAAAACCUACUGGAAGAUGCCGUCGACCAGAUAACAACGGAGACUGCCAAGUCACUGGAAAAUCAUCAUCAUUAUCACCACAGCGACACUAACAAGAAAAUGAAUAGGACAACAGGAGAGACAGAAUCAUCACAUGUCCAUGUGUCAGGCAACUGGAACAAUGUGUAUCAUGAGUGCAUGGUGGACGAGGACUGUGGUGAACAGAAAUAUUGCCAGUAUGUGAUCGACAGCUCCAAGUGCCUCCCAUGCAUACCAACUGAUAUGCCUUGCACAAAGAAUGAGGAGUGCUGCUCAAGUCAGUUGUGUGUUUGGGGCCAGUGUACAGUCAACGCCACCGAGGGAACAGAGGGAACAAUCUGUCAGGGUCAGAAUGACUGCAGAAUGGACCUCUGUUGCGCUUUCCAACGAGAGUUUUUAUUUCCUGUGUGCAAUCCCAAACCGGGAGAGGGGGAGGCCUGUCUGAACCAACCCAAUUUAUUGAUGGACAUGCUUGCCUGGGACCAGGAGGGUCCUCGUGACUACUGCCCAUGUGCCAAUGACUUGCUGUGCCAACCUCAAGGACGUGGAUCAGUUUGUGGGCCGUAGGACAGAAGUGCAGGAGCUAAAAUACAAGCAACAGUGAAGGAGUGACUGAUGAUUGACCAAACAACCGACCGGCUGCAACUUAGUUUUUCAAAAUUGGAAGGCGUUGCACUAUUUUUAUAUGUAUUAUUUGUAAUAAAAGAUGCAAAGACUCAA